CAGCCCGGGCACGGAGCAGGCAGGACGGGACCCUGAGUUCUGGGGACGCUCGAGGGGGGGUUCGACAGGCCUGGACCUGCCCUGCUGGGCUGUUCCCGGAGCCGUGAAGCAACAGGAGGGCUGGCUGGUAAUUCCUGCCCCAUUCCUCCCUAAUGAGCCCUGGGAACGGGAUGCCGCGGCCCUGGCGCUGCUCAGCCCCGCGGCCCCGGUGCCAUAAUUGCCACCCCGGCCCACGCGCGGGGGUGGCGGCCCCGGGGGCACGGGUGGGGCAGGCACAGGUGGCACUGAGGAGUUUAUUUUAUUUUAUUUUAUUUUAUUUUAUUUUAUUUUAUUUUAUUUUUUGGGGGGUGAGGGUGAUCCUGUAGGAGCGGCGAUGCGGGGAGAUAAGAAACCCCCCCAACCCCCAGCCCUAACCCCAGAGUGUUCGCCUUUCCACGGGAGUGGUUUUCGGUUGGGUUGUUUGAUGGUUUUUUGCCUGCCGGGGGUUUUAUGGUGACGAUCCCCCUCGCCCAUCCCGAGCGAUGGCUCCAGGGAGGGUCUCACCUGAGCUCCCAUCCCCGCAGGCAACGAUGGGCGAGUGCACGGAGCUGGAAUGGGCCGUACAGGUGCUGGUGAACAACUUCGACAAGUACUCGAGCCGCUGCUGCUGCUGCAAGAACCCGCGGCGCAUCAGCAAGAAGGAUUUUCGGAAGAUGCUGAGCCGCGAGCUCAACCACAUGCUGACGGACACCGGGAACCGCCGGGCCGCGGAUAAACUCAUCUGCGACCUGGAUGAGAACAAGGAUGGGCGCAUCAGCUUCGAGGAGUACUGGACCUUGAUAGGCGGCAUCGCCAGCCCCAUCGCGCAGAUCAUCCGCCAGCAGGAGCAGAGUGUCAAACACACCAAGUAG